UCAUACAAAGUAUUAUAUAUUGGGAUGAACUCAGAAAAUGUCCAGUCUAACUUUAUGUGUCUUUGAUAUGGCAUUUGGUGGAGCUGGGUAUGCUUUAAGUUACUCUUUGUGAAAGUUUUGGUCACUAAACUUGACUCUUGUAUAGAGAGAUAUGCUUACUUGGGGUAUAGUGAUUAUCUCUCCAGUUCUUGUUUGGCUGAUUUGGGAGUUGAUCUAACUCGCCAAAUGGGUAUUCACCAGAUAGAUUUACGUGGCGAUAUAUCAGGUCUGCUAUCAGCUCACCCCCAAACUCCACUCAUCAGUCUCCAUCAUUUUGACACCAUAGAUCCAAUUUUCCCUUCCAUGAACCGCUCAGAAUCCAUAAACCAUCUCAUGAAAGCUGCAAAAGUUGACCAGUCUCGCUUGCUUCAACAAAGUAUCUGCUACCAGAAGCAAGCCAACUGGUCUAUCUCUGUUUCAUGGGGUUACUCAGCUAAUAUCUAUGAAAACAUAUUGCCCAGAAGUGUUUUGAAGAGGCCUAUUGAGACAUUUAGGCCUUGGAGUAAACCCCUAUUCUACAUGUUUAAUAUCCGCCAAUCACGUAACGACUCAUGUGAAUCACCUCACGUGUUUUUCUUUGACUCUAUUAAAGAGAACACUGAAGUAAACAAAGUUGUUACUGUCUAUACUAGAAAAUCACCACGGAAUUUGCCAGCUUGUUCAUUAACUGGCAAUCACUCUGCUGAUGACAUUAAAAGAAUUCAAGUUUUUUCUCCUAGGAAGAAGAAGGAAGCUGGAAGACCAGAAUGUUGUGACCUUGAAUACAUGAUGAGCUCUAAUGUGCUGGAUGUCAAGUUGAGAGCUUGUGGAAAGGAUGAAAUAAUUGCCUAAGCAAACUGGUCAACUGCUAUAUACUAGGGGGAAACAAAUACUCCACCAUCAGAAGAAAAAGUAACUUUUUUUGCAAUGUCUAUAACUCAAUAAAAAAUUUCAGUAGUUCUUUUAGUGUCUCCUGUAUAACAAUGUUUCUUUGGAUCACUAACAUUCCAAAAGAAAACCCUUUGAGGUUAUAAAAUUUGACUAUUUAGUAGUUGUUACUGUAUAGAGAUUUAAUUGUAUUUAAUACAAUCAAAAAAUAUAUGGCUAUGCAAUCAUAUUUCACAUUAUCCGUUCCCAUGAAUGUAGUAGGUUUUACCCUAACCAUCUGAAACUUAUCUCCCAGUCGAUUGUUGGUGAUAGCAUGUAUCAACUCCUAGGUUUGUUUCCUUUGGUUAACCAAUAUCUUUGGGCCUCGAGUGCAUCAUACACUACACUCAAGAAAACAAAA